AUGGAGGAUCACCAGCCCCUUACACCACAAGUUAAGAAAGAGAGAAGAACACCGGAGAGAUGUCCCAGUCCUCUUCUUCCACAGGAUGGUUCAGAAGAACAUCACAAUGUCCCACAGGAUGAUCAGGCAGGUGGAGAUAAUGGCAUCAAGAUGGAGGAUCGCUGGCUCCUCACAUCACCAGAUGACGGCACCAGAAGCAUGAUAUCUUCACGUUUUAAAUCAAAUAAUCUUGGAAUAAGAGAAGCUACAUAUAAAGAGCAUGCUGUUCUCUCCGAUAUACCUGCAGCCUUUCACACCAAAGAUCCAUCAUCUGACCCUUUUUACCAGGUUCAAUUUUCUGAUUUAUCACAGACUGUGAAACAGAACAAAUAUCACAGAAGUGUUGAACCUCAAAAGACUCAAACAGGGGAGAGGCCGUUCUCAUGUUUAGAAUGUGGGAGAGGUUUUAACCACAAAUCGAAUCUUGUUAGGCAUCAGAGAGUUCACACAGGGGAGAAGCCAUUUUCAUGCUCAGAAUGUGAGAAAAGUUUUACACACAGAGCAGAUCUUGUUAAUCACCAGAGAAUUCACACAGGGGAGAAGCCAUUUUUAUGUUCAGAAUGUGGCAAAUGUUUUUCAUUCAGAAAAUGUCUUGUUAUACAUCAGAGAACUCACACAGGGGAGAAGCCUUAUUUAUGUCCAGAAUGUGGGAGAGGAUUUUACAACAAAUCACAUCUUAUUGGACAUCAGAGAAUUCACACAGGGGAUAGGCCAUUUUCAUGUUCAGAAUGUGGCAAGUGUUUUUACUACAAAUAUGAACUUGUUCAACACAAGAGAAUUCACACAGGGGAGAAGCCAUUUUCAUGUUCAGAAUGUGGGAAAAGUUUUAAUCACAAAUCAUAUUUAACUAAACAUGAAAAAACUCACACAGGGGCGAAGCCAUUUUAAUAUUCACGUUGUGGGAAAUAUUUUCACCAGAAAACAAAUCUUGUGCAAGAAGAGAAGCGAUCCCAAACCACCAGGCUGAGGACCAGUACCAGGCCAUGGAUCAUCUGGUACCGGGCCGAAGGGGGAGGUAGGGUUGAACUGCAGAAACGGGAAUUAUUGGCUCCUGUGCCCCGCAGUUUAGCUUCAUAGGUUCAAGGCUGCUAGGCUUCAUUAAGACCUCUUCCAUGAGGUCACAGGUGGCAUGUCCUCCCUCCCAAAUCUAUGGGAAAAUUGUCUCACAUGAAACUGGUCCGUGGUGCAAAAAAGGGACCACUGAAUCAGAGAAUUCACACAGGGGCAAAGUCCUUUUUAUGUUUGUUACAUGGCUGAGAUUCAGUCCUGUUUCGAUAUUUAAAUUGGACACAUGGUAGAGUGAGUAACAUCACACUGCCAUGUGGUUCCAUAGUCAUGACCCCGCUCCUUCCUGUGCUUACAUCACAGGUACAAUGAAAUGGGGGGAGCAGGUGUUAAUAUACCUAGCCAUUGGGGCAUUGCUGAGCGAGACCAGCUUCCUGUGGAGUUUUAGAUUGAAGAAGUGGGACCACCAUACAUUCUAAGGCUAAGUAUCUUUUGUCUAUAUUGUUAGACUAUAGGCCAGUUACAUGGUAGAUGUAUACUGAUAUGACCAUUAUAUUGAAUGUUAAGAGAUUGUAGUUAAGUAAAUGUGCCUUUUAUGUUA